AUGCUUUUCAAGUACGAUCAAACUUCUGCCAUGUUUAGUUUUCCAGAGGGAAAGUAUUCCGAUGCCAUCGACUUAUAUACAAAGGCUAUAAAUGUGGAAGAAAAGGCGGUUUACUAUGCGAAUCGGAGUUUCGCCUACCUCAAGACGGAGUUGUUUGGUGCGGCUGCUGCUGAUGCGUCGAAAGCAAUAGAACUGGAUCCCAGCUACAUAAAGGGAUAUUACCGGAGGGCUUCCGCCAACAUGGCCAUGGGUCAUUACAAUCUCGCUCUGAAGGACUUUGAUACGGCUGGUUCGUAG